CCGAAUGAGCAGUAGUGUUUAGACUGCGAAGUGUAAGUCGACCGUCCGCUUUGUGCGCUCCCCGUCGAGCAUGUCGCUUUUACCCAUUGAACAUUAUCGCAGUCAGGCUGUUAGAAAUAAUGCAUCAAUAGCCGGGCCUUCACCGCGCUGUUGCAACAUCCCAACUUUUGUGGCAGCGCGGCAAGUUAUCUAUGGCGCACGCGCUGCAUCACUGCGCGGUCGCGUUAGGGUCGCCGCAUCAGCAGCUUCAGCAGGCGAGCUGGGCAGCGGGGCUGGUGAGUCUUCCUGGGCAAUGCCUGCGGCGGUCGUGCCCGGCAUUGCCGCCCUCGCCUCCCUGCCCCUGCGCGGGCUUGGCGAGGCUGCGCUCGCCCAGGCCAACGCCGUCGCCCUGCUCGGCGCCGCGCUCGCCUUCCUGCUCUACUUCGCCAGCUCCCUCACGGAUGCGGCACAACCAGCGGUGGCGCGACUCGCGGCUUCCCUGCGCCCGUCCCGCGAGCCGCUGCUGCGCGGCUGCUUCUGGGCCAUGGCACUUCAGUCGGCGCUGGCGGCGGCGCUGGUGUGGCGGCACCCGGGCCACGGCGAGGGCGCGCUGGUGCCGCUGUACGUGGCGGGGUACCUGUGCGUGGCGCUGCUGACGGGGUCGCUGGGGAAGCGCAAGCUGCGCAGCCGCAAGCGGUUCGAGCUCGAGGCCGGCGAGGGCGAGCGGCACGGAGUGAUGGCUCAGGGCACUUUGUUGGCAGCCCGCAACUAUGCAGCCGUCAUCUGCACGGUACACCUUGCGGUGCAGGCGGCGGCGGGGGCGCUGGCGGGGGCGGGGGCGGCCGUAGCAGGCACGGGCGCGGCAGUAGCAGUGGGCGCCAGCGGGGCAAUUUUGCCGGGCCCCAUCCUAGCGGCGUAUGGCGCAUUGGCACUGGCGUAUGCGGCGGCGGUUGCGUUCCGGUUUGUGCCGGCGCUGCAGACGGGUGAUGGCGCGGAGUCCUUGUAAGUAGUUUCUGCGGGGGCCGGUUGGUAUCUUGUGUGUAGAGUGUUGAAGGCUGGUUGUGAUGAAAGUGCACACUUCCGAUGCGGACCACAGUUUGCGUGCGAUUGUGUGCGCGCGUGACUCGCCCGAAUGAAGGCGCAAUCUGAGCGUGACUUGGAAUGCAGGGGCGCACUGCGUUAUGGCUUUGGUAUCUUGUUGUUGCGGUGAGGUAAGAAGAAUCCGCCAGCCGUUUCACUCCUCAUCUUCCCUCUUCAGUGCCCAUUCAUCAGUACAUACCGGUACUCCACAGCCAGACACUGUACUAGGAGCCAGGCCUUAGAAUACGAGUGGGUGUGCGAUGGGACAGUUGUAAGGCAGGUUGGUGAAGUCCCGUAGAAUACGAGUGGGUGACGGAAGGCCCUAAAUGACCUGGAAACAGAUCGCCAUGACUAUCUUAAAGGGUCACAU